AGAGUUAUCUCUAAAAAGGUGAUAACAUAGAUAUCUUCAAGCUUUUUCUUUCACAUUUUGAUUUUCUGGUGGUAGUUUGAGAAUUUAUAAGCCAUGGUUGCUGCUGUUGCGAGGAAAUUCUUCGCUCCUGCGUCUGCUAAGUUGCACGUCGUCCCGCGUUCAUCUUCUUCAUCACUUCAUCAGUUCAAUACCCAACAAGUUUUGUUCACUACCAACAACAAUUUUGGUACUCAAUCUAGUAAAUUGAGUAACAGAGUUUCACUAGUUGUAUUGAAGGCAACAUCAGACAAGAAUAUUGUUCAAGCUGACACUGAAGGUGUGUCCCUUGGUACCAUGAAAUUGCCAGCCAAUAUCGAUAUCCCUAGAUUCGAAAGCUUGUUGUUUCAGUGGGCUAAUAGCUUGUGCCAAGGAUCUAAUCUACCACUUGCAUAUCCGCUAAAGGUGGAUAAGAUAACAGGGGGAGCAAGACUGGCGUUCAUUACAAUUAAUAAUGAUGGUGAAACUGAGGUUUAUGUUUACAUAGAUUGCUUGGUAACUCCGUCAACUGACGGUUCUGGUCCAGUUUUUCAAGCAAUAAGAAAUGGAGGCGCCAAAGGUCAGACGCCUCCAGGGGAGCCAAGAAUUAUGAGAAGCUUACUUGAAGCCCUAAAGAAGUGUGUCGAAAUCGCUAGAGUUUAAUCAUACGCACAAGUAAAAAAGAUAAGGUAUUAGCAGCCUUUAUCUUUAAUUUCAGGGUUCAUACUUGUUUUGCCAAGAUGUAAUAAUAAUAUACAGUUUUAUGUUUGUUUCAAAACUCAGAUUGUAA